AUGUCUAGUAGUCGCCCCAAACCUUGGGAAGUCAGCUCUGGUACUUCUGGUGCCUCUGUUGGUCUUAAUACAACUGGUUCUACGCAGACCCAGCAGGUUGCUCAAUCUUCUCACAUGAAUACUUCUUCUGAUAACUCAGAUAACGCUCCAGCUCUUCCUGAGAAGCCACAGACACUCAGAAAUGCAAGCACAGACAUGAAUACAAAUACAAAUAACCCUAGUGCCCCCGAUUCAUAUGGCACUGGAUAUAAUAAUAAUCCAGGUUAUGGAUCUGGCAUUGGCUCCUAUGGUUCUUAUGGCUCUUAUGGCUCUGGUAUGUAUGGUUCUGGUAUGUAUGGUUCCGGCAUGUACGGUUCUGGAAUGUACGGUUCUGGACUGGGUAUGUACGGAUCAGGACUGGGUAUGGGAGGAGGAAUGUUUGGUGGAAACAAUUUUGCUGGCUCUUUGGCUCAGGGGACUGAAACCACCUUCCAGUUAAUUGAAAGCUUUAUAGGUGCGGUCACGGGAUUUGCUCAGAUGUUAGAGAGCACGUAUUAUGCCACCCAUAACUCUUUUUUUACUAUGAUGUCUGUUGCAGAGCAGUUUUCUCAUUUGAAGGAUGCUCUAGGCUCGCUAUUAGGCAUUUACGCAGUGAUGGGAUGGAUCAAAAAGCUUCUGCGUCGGUUGAAAGGCUCCAAAACGAGAUUUUCUAUCGAUGAGUUCAAAAAAUAUCAGAAAAGAAUUGAACAAAGUGGGCUAAACAGAAAUAAUAAGAGCAUUAGCAAUGGCAGCAAUGAUAACAAUAAAAAUGGCCGAGGCUCUUUGAAGCCGCUACUAUUCUUUUUGGCUGCUGUAUUUGGAAUGCCUUAUUUGUUGAAAAAAUUGGUCACAACGGUUGCUAGACAGCAACAACAAAGAGUGCUACAACGGCGGCAGCAGCAGCAACAACAGCAGAAUCAACAAGGAAUUGCUGCAAGAAAUGGAAACCUUAUAGGAAAUGCAUUGGAGAUUCUUGAUCCAAAGAAGCUGGAAUUUGCUAGAGUGAUGUAUAAUUUCAAUCCAGAGAACGAGCAAAUGGAAUUGGGUUUGAAGAAAGGAGAUCUAGUUGCGAUAUUAUCAAAAAGUGGGCCUAAUGGAGAACCCUCUAAUUGGUGGAGAUGUAGAUCAAGAGAUGGACGACUUGGAUUUGUGCCCUAUAACUACUUGGAAGUUAUUAAGAGAGUCAGGAACGGAGAGAAAGUGGUAAGUGCCGAGAAAAGUGAUGAUUCAUUGAAGACAGGCUUAAAGAAGCAGGCCACUGAGUGA